CAUUGUUCGGCGCAGUCUCUAAACACAACGAUCACAGCUCUCUUUGCACCAUCUAUAAGAGAGGGACAUUUCUGGGUUUGGUCUUACAGUCGCCAGGAUGUCCGAACCACCGGUGCGACAAGUCACCAUCACUCCGCUGCUGAAGAAGCUGUCGGCGCCUCCUCCAAUGGACAAUAGUGUCAAGGCGGAGGACAUUGCACUGGCAUUCUCGCGGACGUUUGAGAACCAACUGAGCGGGACACAGACGGCAGCUCUACUGACGCUACUCCACUCGACCGGCCGAGACAGACACCCGGACGUGAUUGCAAAGUGCGCGGAGAGUAUGCGAAACGCUGCAGUGCAGGUCGACGCCCAGGCGUUGAAGGAUGUGGUUAAGAGGAGGAAACGAGGGUUGGGUUCUUACAGAGGAGGUCUAUGUGACAUUGUGGGAACCGGUGGUGAUCUUCAUUCUACCUUCAACAUCUCGACUACUUCGUCUAUUAUCGCUUCUCCUAUCCUCCUCAUGGCUAAACAUGGUAAUCGAGCUCAGACGUCCAUGUCUGGUUCGGCCGACGUGCUCAACGCCAUUCUUCCCAAGCCGCCCAGGAUCGAGGCCCUCAGCGCAGAACUCCUCCCUCAAGCCUACGAACACACCAACUACACCUUCCUCUUCGCCCCCAAUUUCCACCCUGGUAUGAAAUACGCCGCAACCGUCAGAAGAGAGCUGGGUCUCCGCACAAUCUUCAACUUGAUGGGUCCUCUGGCAAAUCCCGUCGAGGAUCAAAUCGAGGCUCGUGUCGUGGGAGUCGCAUACCAAGAACUCGGCCCUGUCUUUGCUCAGGCGCUGGCUCUGUCAGGGGCAAGAAAAGCAAUGGUGGUCUGUGGUCAGGAAGAUCUCGACGAGAUCAGCUGUGCUGGCAAGACGAAUUGUUGGCUGCUGAGAGAGUUGCCCAAUCCCAAAUACAAGGGCGACCACAAUAAGGAGGAAGACGACGACACCAGUGACGACGAAGCCGAACCCAGAUAUAUUGCCAAGGUCGAGACAUUCGCUGUUGGACCAGAGGAUUUUGGACUUCCUUCACAUCCACUGUCAGAAGUCGGCGGCGGCAAACUACCGCGACAGAACGCCGCUGUGCUCAUGUCCAUGCUUCGCAACGAGCGAAGCCCCGACGACCCCAUUCUGCAUUUCGUCCUCAUGAACAUUGCCGCCUUGUUGGUCGUGAGCGGUGCCUGUGAUGCAGACACGUGUGAGAGCGGCGAGGUCAUCAAAGAGACGGGUCCGGGUGGGCUGAGAUGGAAGGAGGGUGUCAAGAAGGCUCGUUGGUGCAUCGAGAGUGGAAGAGCUCUGGAAGAAUUUGAAAAGUUCAUAGAAUUCACCAACAGACUCUAGGCAAGGUCUGAAAAAAGUUUUUUGAUCCAUCUGAACCCUUUGAUUCAACACGAGACCACCGUGUGAAUGCAUAAAACAGUGC